CCCCCGCUGUAAAAACCACCCUGCUCAGCUGGGUCUGGCUUUGCAGCCCUGCCGGGGGUUUAGUGGGGCGCAGCUUCGUGUCUCCCCCCCCCCACCCCGGCCCCGGGGGCUCAGCCGGGUCUGGCUUUGCAUCCCCGCCGAGGGCGCAGUUGCUGCCGCGGCUGGACCAAUCCUGCCUGGAUCGGGGUGCUCAGCCCCACCGUAGCCGGCGAUGACGGUGCAGCCGAUUCACUGCGCGGUUUCACUUCCCCAAGCCAUCCUGGAGUCGGGAAGCAGCGAGGAGGAAGAGGAGGAGGGGGAGGAGGAUGAAGAGGCAGCUAUGGCGCAGCAGCACCCGCCCCCCGCCCAGGAGGUGGCCGAAGCGGAGGAGCGGCUGGCCGAGCUCGAGCAAGCGUCACAGGUGCUGCUGGCCGAGCUCUCGGCGCUGGAGACGGAGUUUGAGGUCGAGAGGACGUGCCGGCAGCGAGCUGAAGCUUACGCAGCUCAGGUGAAGCAGGAGAACAACCAACUGAAGCGGCUCAGCCUGGCCCCCCCGGCCCCCCUGGCCCUGCCCGAGGAGGUGCCCCCCGAGGAGGACCCCGACCCUGCCCAGUGCUAUGGGCAGCAGCUCAAGGACCUGCAGGAGAAGAUCUCCUGGCUGCUGGCGCAGCGGAAGGACCUCACCAUCCAGGUCCAGGAGCUGGAGAGGCAGAACCACGACCUACAGGACCAGCUGGAGAUGGGGCGGAGGGAGCAGCAGCGCCUGCGAGCAGCCCUGGGCACCAGCCAGCGGGCGCUGAAGUCCUUCAAGAGAGUGUCCCAGAUUGUCACCCAGGAUUACUGCGAGGCGGUGCAGCAGCUGGAGCUGGAGCAGGACCUGCGCCUGCACGCCGAAGCCUUCGCCCAUGAGAUGCUGGUGCAAAAGAAGGAGGCGAACAGGCAGAGCACGAUCCUGCUGCAGAGCGCGGGGCCCAGCGCCCAGCUGCUGGCAGCUCUGCAGGAGGUGGGACGCCUGACGCGGGCGCUGGAGGAGGCCCGGCAGCACCAGCAGCAGCGGGUGAAGGAGCUGGAGGAGCAACUGGGGAGGCGGCCGGAGCCGGAGGAGCUGGAAGUGGCCCGAGCUGCCCUGGCCGCGGCGGAGGAUGAGAACCAGCAGCUGAGGAAGAGGCUGGGGGAGGCCGAGGGGCGGCUGGCGGGGUUGGAGGAGGAAGUGGGGUGGCUGCAGGAGAAGCUGGCCCAGGACCCGUCGCCCCCCGAGCCGGCUGCGCCCGCGCCGCCGCCGCCACCGCCGCUGCCACCGCCCGCGCCCACCGUCCCCGUGGACCCGCUCUCGGCAAUCAGGCAGAGGAAGGGGCUGGCAAAGCUGCAGCACAGCCAGCCAGGAGCCGACGACGUUAAAGCUCGGGCCGUGCAGGAGAUGAUGGAGCGGAUAAAGAACGGGGUGGUCCUGCGGCCCGCGAAGGAGCGGGGGCCCCCGGAGCAGGGUCCGGCGGCUAGUAAGCGGAGGAGCGCGGUGCUGGAGCUGCAGGGCAUCCUGGGUGCCGUGAGGAGGGCGAGCGGGCGGCGGAGCAGCGCGAAGGGCAGGGACGGGCAGCUGGAAUUCAUCUUGCAGCGCCGGCGCCGGGCGCUGGAUGCCACCCUGGGCCCCCCCGGCCCCCCCCAGCAGGACCGUGAGGAUGCUGGGGCUGCGGGGAGGCCGGGUGCUGGGGACAAGGACGUCGACACGGCUCCGUCCAGCUGCUCACCAGGGAGCGGGGACGGGGUCCCGUUCCGACCCCGGGCGGUGGGUGGUCUCCCCAGGACCCGGCCCUUCACCCGCCCGGCCGGGGGCAGGGGGGGGCUGGGGUAGAGCCCCCCCCCCCCCACUGCCCUUUACUUGGCGGAGACGGCUGCUGCAAGCUCUCACCCUCAUCUUCCAGCAGCUCCCAUCCUCUCGUGUUUUAAUUAAAAAGAGGUGGCACCGGG